AUGGCCAGGACGACGGCGGUGAGGACGUAUGGACGGACGCGAAGGACGAAAGCAGUGCUCAUAUCGCCUGACACGGCCCAACAAGCACCGUCGCGAAUCGAUUAUUCAAAUGAGGACAAGGAAAACCACAAACCCGGGCUGAAACCGAAGAGGAAGGAGUUUGGUUCCGUAUUGCCAGAUGAUGGCGAGGAGAACCUGGUGACCUUGACGGAGAGGAUCAAGGAGAUCCACAUCGACGAGCCGCGUCUCACAACAACCGAAACUAAACGACAGCCGACAAGAACAAAACAGCAACCUUCGCCAAAGCCUCCCAGUACACCAUGCAAAGUCAGACCGGAGAAGAGACGGCCGGUGGAGCCUCACAGUCCAGCACCUUCCGACCAGCCGAUCCUAUGCUGGGGCGACGUCUGUCCGCCUGGUGACCGCAUCGAGAAGAUUGCCGAGGCCUCUUAUGCGGAGGUCUACCGGAUCAGCAACGAGCGCGGAACCAGCAUCAUCAAGGUCGUUCGCCUUGAAUCCCCCAUCAAGCCGCAGACCAAGGCUCAGGAAAUGUCGGGCCUUGUGGACGAGGAGCCGCAUGGCGAGGAUGACCUGGGCGGCGAGGUGCGGAUUUCGGAGUGGCUGGCCGAUAUACCCGGCUUUGUGGUCUACAAAGAACGCUUUGUGGUAAAGGGCAAGGCAACCAAGGAGCUGCUGCAGACGCACCAAGCCUUUCAUCGCCGGAUGAAGAGGAAGGACCCCGACCGGCUGCAAUUCUACCCUUCACCAAGUCGCUAUCUCCCCGAAACCAAGUUUCUGGUCCUCGAGCUCGGGGAUGCUGGUGUUUCUCUGGAGGACUUCAAGCUGGACUCGAUCAGUCAAGUAUGGGAUGUUCUAUUGCUUGUGGCCAUCGCACUGGCGAGGGCCGAGUACCAGGUCGGCUUCGAGCAUCGGGAUCUUCACGAGGGAAACCUCUGUGUGCGUCAAGUGCGGCCUCCCAAGACAAAAGAAGACUCGGAAUCGCCUAUCCACUUUGGCUUUUCGGGCCUCGAUAUCACAAUUCUAGACUACGGUCUCUCGCGGGCUCAGGACCCCGACAUGGAGGAUGCCGAGCCGAUUGCAUUCGACCUCGAAAAGGAUCUCAGCCUCUUCACCAGCACACACGCUCCACAGUGCAAAGUAUACCGCCAGAUGCGGUCGUACAUGAUCAAGGGCGACCGCGCCUACCUGCCACCCCGCUUCCACAACAAGCCGUAUGACGGGGGGAGCAUAUCGUGGAGCGAGCAUCACCCCUUUACGAAUGUACUGUGGCUCGCCUACAUAUACGAGUACAUGGCGAAGCACUUUUGCGGCGACAAGCGGGACCUUGCGGCGUUCAAAAAGACCACGCGGGAGCUCUGGGCUCACCUCAACCCCGAUGCGCCGCCAGACGUGCAGUCUUUCUCCAGCGCCGCCGAUGUGGUGCGCUUCGUUGUCGAGGCUGGCUGGGUGACGGAGGCGCAGGUCACUGAUGAUCAUCAUGGUGGGGACGGGGAUGACGAGGAUGAGUACCGCGAGGAGGCGAGCAUCAUCGAGGUGCAGUCGUCGGAUCGGGACGAUUCCAGGUUGCGGCGGUCACCUAGGCGGCGGCAGGGCCCGUCACCUUGA